GAAAAUGUCUCGUGGCUCUGAAUACUUGCGGCUGUACCGUCUGAUCAAUGAUUCUGUCCGUCCUUACGCCGAAUCGGAGGUAGUUUCUUUAACGAAAGAACAGGAGAAAGAACUUCUCGCUUCACUUUCUCAGAUUUUGAAAAAAGUGCAGCUAUGGACUCGCGAACUUGACUGUGAUUCUUCCGAUGAACUGGAAACUCAUUCUGACGACCAUCUCUAUUUAUCCAAGAUAAUAGCUGACAUGGUAUUUUUGCUUGGUGUUAAGAGUCACUUUGUUCAACAUCUGGCUGCCAACAUUCUAGUGGUUAUCUCUGAGCUUCUUUCUACAUCUGGAAGCAACUGGAAUCUUCUUAUUCGUUCCUUGUUUUGUUGCAUGGAAUUGGCAAUUAUCAAUAUAUUGUCCAUUGCUUCAGCACCUUUUAGAGCUGAAUCGGGCAAUUCACAUUUUGAUUCAUCUAGUUUUGUAGGUGUCAUAAAACCUAGAUUGAAAUAUGCUGGGUGGUCAAGUUUGGCUGGAAUUGUUCGAAUCUUACGGAACAUAUUGAAAAGUUUGAAGCAAGAGUAUGACUAUGAUGAUAGUCUCACUGAAGCGUAUUUACAUUCAGUCUAUUCUUGUCUUUCAACUGUGCCUUGGGAUUCCAUGGAUUUGGUUUGUGGUACUCAAAGUAGUUGUUCUGCAGGUGUUUUACAUCUUAGAACUGCUGAUGAAGAGCAGUCAAAGGUUGUGUUUCUAGGGAAUAUUAUUCAGUUCUUGUGUUCAUUGGUUGAGCAUAUCAGUUCUGUGGAUGAUAUGGGUUCUUCCCUGGAUAAGUAUCUGAUUCUUAGUGUAGUCAACAAACUUGUACCAAAACUCUUGUUUUGGUGCCUCAAUGAACCAGGAGAAUGUGUUAGAACUCGCAUUUCUCAGUAUUUUAGACACAAGUUGCUGGUUCUAUUGAUUAGGCUGAGUUUCCAUGCUCGUCUAGAUCAUUGCAUUCUUCUUUCAUGGUUGCAGCUUCUUCAUAAUUACUUUAAAGAGCUGUUGCAGCAACCUAUGACUCAAGUUGAGUCUGUUCAGGAUGAUUGUUUAGAAGGCUCUCCAUUUUUAAUGAGUUGUACUGAUGGAGAGUUAUAUAAUAUGUGUUCACGCCACUUACAGAGACAAGCUGUUUUCCUUUUCCUGAGGUGUUCCUUCACUUUAAUCAGCCUGAAAGAAGACACCAAAAAGCAUUGUGCAUGUUCAGCUGCUGACUCUUGCUUGACCUUUGACACAAUUUCUGAUUUAGAUUGUUGUGGUAGAAAGAAAGGUUUGCUAGAGCUUUAUAAGUGGCUUCAAGGGCAUCUUCCCUUAGAUAAACUUGUGGAGCAUGAAACGUACAUGGAGAAAUGUAUUAACUUCUCCUUAUCUUUCCUCCAGCUAUAUAUGCAUGAGGACGAUGAAUUGUUCAAAAUGCUCCUACAAUUGCUUAAUGUACCAUUUUGUGGAAAGAAAAAUGUUGACAGAAGGAAUUGGAGUUUUCAGGAUGUAAAGGAAGAUAUUCUUUUUCACCUGUCACACGUUUUCAAUCCUGUACACCUAUUCCAUCUAUUUCUUGCAGAGUUACACUAUGAUCAUCAAGUGCUUCUUGAUUACCUAAUUUCGAAAGACACAGGAAUUCAUUGUGCUGAAUAUCUCUUAAGAGCUUAUGGAUAUUCUUGUAACAAUUGA